GUUUGACUUCGGUAUGGGAAUGACCUUGAGCCCCGUUGCACUUCUCCGUUCUACCCGAAGUUAGUGUUCAUCGAGCUUCGAACACUGGCUGCAUCUGUGCUGCUCAUUAACAAGCUGCUAAACACCAACCCAAAUUCAAAGGUUGAUUGGAUGUUUAUGGAAAAACUCAUUCCCGCUGAAACCUUUUCACUAUCUUCAACAGGUAUGUUCAUUUGACUGCCAGUGUAUUUUGAGGUCCAAACUCGGAAUUUCACGAUGUCUUUAAACUGAAUUCUGAACGAUCUCAGAAUUCGUGUUCUGAGGACGCACGCAGAGAUGGAACUGUAUUAGUAAGUGUGGCGUCUAUUUAUUCACCUCCUCAGGCGCAACCUACGCCACCAGCUGACACUUGUAUCCGAACCGUGCUGAAUGAUCCUCCGCUCCACACUGCUGAAGUGCUCGACGAACCUUCACUGUCAUCUCACUCUGUCACGUACUCGGUCGAUGCUACAUCAACUGGCGUGUCAUCAAUGAUGGAAAGAGCGUCUGAAGCAUCCAUAAAUUCUAUACCAAGUGGUUCCUGUCCAAACAGCUCCAGUUGUGACCCUCCGGAACAGAAUCGCGUUCGGGCGUCAGAAUAUGAUGGUCAGGCGUCGGAAGAUCAUAUUCAGGUGGUAGUGAGCGCGGUUCCCCCUUCCUCCAGCCCAAGCCAUCUGGUUACUGGAGACCGAACUGAAGCUGAUCAAGAUACUUUUACAUCGUACACAUAUCAGAUCGAGCCUUUAUACACGAAUGAUUCUUCAAGCGAAAACGUCAACGAAACGAAGGAAGCAAUGUACCCCGAUAACCACACGGCAACCACUGAUCAAGCCUCUGCAACCCAACCUACGGCACCCAUCAGUAACUCUCCAAGUUUUUCGCACACUUCUGGUUUUUCCUGCUCUGUUCCCUUGGAACAGCGAAACCUCAUUGUCUCCCCUCCGCUUUCCAAAGACCGUCAAAGUAACUGUACCCAAGCCUCAUCGUCUCCAGCGCAGGUUCAUGUUUGCACUCUUUGCGGUAAGCGUUACCGCCACAGUACUUCGUUGAAAAAUCAUAUGCGAAAACAUGAGUCUGGAGUCCUCGCAUCCAAGCGAUACCGUUGUAACUUCUGCGUUUACUCUAGCCAAUAUAAACGCAACGUGCAUAAGCACAUUGAUUCUACCCAUCGUAGCUCAGAUUGUUUCACUCAUCUCAAUAUUGACCCUCAUUCGCAAACUCAGAACGUUUUCGAAGCACGGGAAAGAUUAUCAGAGGGUAGGAAUUCAGAACAGUGGAUCCAACACAGUGGUAGUCAGCAGUUUUUGUACGACGCGCUGAAAACUGGACUGCCGGUUUCAAGAAUUCCUGAGGAGGACCAGUGUUCCAAUAACCGAAUGAACUAUGGGACUGUCCAAAAUGUUAACGUGGGAUGGAAACAAACGGUCCGCACUGGUGUUGCCGAUACUGCCUUGGGCACACUGCCCGUCUCAAGUCCAUUGUGUCAGAGAUCGAUACAAACACACUCGGAAAAACGCAAGAAUUCUAUUGGAUCUCCAAUGUCAUGUAAGAUGCGUCUGAUAUGCUUAACUCUUUAUUCAGAUUCGUCCCCUCAAAAACCCCACCGGUGUGAGGUCCAGGGUUGUGGCAAAACAUUCAAAACAAGCAAGAGUCGUACGUUACAUAUGGUUAGUUGUCAUCGGGACUUUUGCUUCAAACUCGGCUCGGAUGGGGUUCAAGCAAGCACGCAGCUACCCAUCUCUAGUGUUUGUGGAUUUCCAUGUGAUCGUCGGAAUUCUCUUCAGGAGCUUCUCAGCCCUGAUGGAACUAAUUUAUCUUCCCAAAGACGAAUCAGUCUCAACUCCAACAGAACCUCUCCCGGGAGUAUUUUAUCCGAACUUUGCCCCACUAUUGACCAUCCAAAUCCAGCACACACCGUAAAGCGGCCGUUUAGUGGCCCAAACUUGGGUGCUACUACCGAAUCCUGUUCAACUCCGAAUUCCUCCAGUCAGUUUUUUUACUCUUCUGAUGGAUCCAAAUCGACCUAUACGGACGUGUAUUCCUUCACCGAUAACGGCCCUCCCCCGGAGAGUUCGGGCGGACGCAGUGAAUACAGCAGUUCUACACGAUCUACGGAACUAAGUGGCGCCACGAGGAUUCCCUUCAUUGAUCCACCAGUGGUAUGUGGUUCUGCUGAUUUUUACACCGAGGAGCGUCUAUCGAGACACUCAGAUUUCGGGUCCGCUGUUCGGAUUCCCCAAGAACUUCCCAAUAAUUGCAGUGCAUCGCCUCAGUUCAAUUAUAGAGUGUAUCCGAUGACGUCGAACGCAAUCUCUCCUGCGCCGGAAGGAAACGCAGGAUAUGAUAGUGAAGGUUAUCGUCAGUCAGACUUUUCUCUGGCACUCAGUCAUGGAAAAUCAACAGCUGGUCAUCCCAAUUCCUUUGGAUAUGGAAAGAUCCCAAGGACCACUGUGGAACAGCUCCUCUGUGCACCGGAUACCUCAUCUAGUGCACUGCACGCUUAUUUAACACAAAAUACUUCAGGACAGUUAGAUAAUUGUGAUGGAAAUAACAAGCGGGCUACUACAGAUAGCAUAAGUUUUGGUGCAAAUAGCUCACAGUCAUUCGAAGAUAUCGGUACUGUUGAAGAGACCACCACAACACCAUACUACUCUGGAACUCCAGAGGCAGACUCAGACUCGCUCGCACUUGGGCAUGUGAAUUCGGAGACUGAUGCUUUCUUCACAGAUUUGGAGGAGAUCCUAGCUCGAGAAGUUCCUUUGUUUGACACAGAUGCUGUGCAACGCAUGGACUGGAAUGCAAACGAUCCUUGUUCCUCUGCUCCUCAAGAACCUGGCUGCAAAUCGGGAGAAUCGUCGUCGACCACGAAGUCGCCCAUAUCAACAACUAAUUCCAAGCCCACCGCUUCAUUGAUAAGUGGCGACUCUGGUCUCGAGAGCUGGAGCAGCAGUAGUAGCUGUAGUGCGGGUCCGAACAGCGCACCCAUAUGGGGUUCACAGGAGAUGGGAGUCCACUUCAAACUAUCGCCUCCGGCCACAACUCCGCAAUCGUCCUAUCCGACGCCAACCUCGGACCAUGUAUCUAAUUACAGUCGCUGUACCACUGCCCGACAGACCAACUUGGAAGAACCGUAUUCUUUUGGGCCUCACAUUAUUCCCGCUCCAUGCUCACAUCGAUUGACAGAGAAUCCUUUUUCCCCAACUGUGGAUGAUGAACAAAGCUGUGUUGGUAAUCUGAAAAAUUCUGUCCCACCAAUGUCCGCAUCACAGCACUCAGAGACUAUCAAUCCGUACCCUACCUCAAAAACACCGUUGCUUCGAGAUUGUGUGGAUUCGAACUACGUACAAGCAACACAUGCGGAGUCCUCUUUCCUCCAAACUUAUGGAAACUCUUCCAUUGGGUGUCAUACCAACGAACCAUUAUCGGAUACUGGGCGAGAUCCAUCGUCAGGCAUGUCUCAGUCUUACUUGGAUCGUCAUGCUGAUGAAGACUAUCCUAAUCGGCCAACACCCGUCUCUCACGGUGCGUGUUUCCCCAAGCAAGACGAUCUGUCAAGUUUCCGCACAGAGCCAAUGCAAGUUAUCAAUAACCCCGUGCAAUACGACUCUGCAGAGUUUACUCCUGGUUUUCGUCAUAAAACACCGUUCUACGGACUGAACGAACGCCAUGCUAUGAUUCAACACUAUAAUCACCCCUUUAAAGCCAGCAUCCCCUAUGGCUCUCAGGAUCCGCAUUUGUAUCGUCUAACCAAUCAUCUGCUCUCGCACAGAGAAGCUUCCAGCUUUGCCGUUGCUAGUCCUCACGGGCGAGCAAUCAUGCAACAACCAGUGUCUUCAUAUUCGAGUGGGCCGUACGCUGUCACUGAGCUCAGCAUGCAUGAUACGAACAAUCAACUUCCUCAGCCACAUUCGGAUUUAUUCCAAUCCGGGCCAAUCCAUCGGGAAUUGAAGACUGGUAUGAGUAGUUAUUCAGAAACUGUUCAGUUCAAUCAGCACCAUCAAUCCCACUCCAACACUGGAUAUUUGAUGUCGAACCAAACUACCACCCACCCUCUACUUCCGGAUGCGGCAAUGCAUGAACGAAUGGGGCACUCGUCGCAAUCUCUCACAGCCGCAAAGGGCGCAUGGAUAUCAAAUCAGUCGGGAGUAUCCUACCACACAGGGUAUCAGCAACAGCAACAGCAGCCACAGACCUACAAAGCCUACUGUGGGUCACAAGUUUAUGAAGGUGGGCCGCUCCAAGCAGGUCCUAUGGGUUAUCCGAAUGAACAGUUCCAACAUUUCUCCUAUGGUCGACCAUCCAAUCAAGAAGCUCAAAUGCUUUCCCAGCCGUAUCGCACUUCUCAACAUCCUUCGAUUUCAAUGAACCAGGUCUAUCAACAGCAGCAGGUCUAUUCUGGAACAUACCAUACCCAUGCCCCUGUUCCUCAACCAGCUAAGUCUUUUACGUCACAUGCUCAUAUUCAGCGUCAUCCAGGCCUACCCAUAGGUCAGUAUCCAGUCCACGUUGACUAUGCUUCUGGUCGUCGACCGACCGAUGCACCAAUCGCUCCCCAAAAUGAGGCCUAUCAUCCUGCAACGGGAGAACUGAGUGGUCCUUGGGUCGGCUCUGAAUGCGGCUCAGCUACCUUUGCCUCCCAGUCUGCUGGAUAUCAUGUUCCUGAACCCGAUUGUCCGUCGGAAUCCAGUUCAGCCGCAAUAGGAUCGGUUUCACGGUUCGAUCACCACACUCAACGGGAACAACCAUCCCACUUGAUCGGUCCCGAUCACAAUCAGCAUGUGAUUUCCAACCAGCAGCAUGGUGUGCGAGAUGUUAAUGAGUCACUUAGAAACCCAGCAGCACCCUCUAUGAACAACGCUGUGGGACCCGACUCUACUGUGUUUGUUUACAGACCUACCGGGACCUCAUUAUGUCCACCAGGAUUGCCCGCGCCUCAACAAACAGGCUGGCCCGCGUCUCAGCCGACCGAGACUCCGGACAAUACGAUUUCCGUUCUUACAUCCCAACCCAACCUUGUUGGGGGUUGGAACGAGGUUGCUAGGCGAUGUGCUCUUUUAAAAAAUACGAACACACCUACACUUACCGCCAAAUCGCUGAAGUGCAGUCAGGCUUUUGAGCCAAAGGCUUUGAUCGAGGACCCUAAUCGUUCUCCUGUCUACAUGUGUCUACGGCUGUAG